AAAAACCCCUAUAUGCCAUUUAUUGGUUAAAAUCGAUGAACAGAAAGACAUUUGUUUGGAGGUAUUAGAUAAGCUUGAGGAAGCAUACCAGAAAAGUGGGGAUAAACAAAACGCAUUAAGAAUAGGUGAUGAAUCAGACAAAGUAGCUGAGCAAGUGGAUGUUGAAACACAUGCCUCACAUCAAUUUUUGUUAUCAUUAGUCAAGAAAUCUGUGCAUUUAAAAAACAAUGUUGCUAGGGCAACUGAAUCUCGACCGACCAGUACACAACAGCCAGCCCAGGAAAUUGUUACUGCAGAAAAUAUGGAAACACCCUUGUUGGAAAACGAUGGAGUACAAACUGAAUCGAAUAGCAGUUUGCCGCUACAGACACCAAGUAAGCAGUAA